AGAACAACGAAUCUCUGCCGUGAUUUGAACUUGUCGAAAUGUUGAAAGAGAACCUAGUAGAGCAGCGAAUACUCGAGGGCUUAAUUGUAUUUGGCUCUUAAGGUUAAUGAUGGUAAUUAAUUUGUUUACGAUCAGCCGGACCAGGGGAACGAAACACUGUCAUAUCAGACAGGCAACGGGAACGAAGGUUCAGCAAACUAUUUGAGUCUGCACUGACACACUAUAAUUGUUGUUAUCAGAAUGGUUGGUCCGAUAUCGUUCUUUGCAAUUCUAGUGAUAGCUUUCCACGUCCAUGUGAGCUGUAUAUUAGCUGAAAGCGCCGUGAAAGCAGGGCAAAAUGAUGAAAACGAUCUUCCUACAAACGGGGGUUGUGAACGUGGCUUACCAGGGCGAGACGGGCGUGAUGGGCGUGACAGCAUAAUUGCAGGCCCACCUGGCGCAACAGGUUCUCCUGGAAGUCGUGGUGCUCCGGGCCCACCAGGCAAUAGUGGAGGCACAGUGUACACAAGAUGGGGAAAAAAGACAUGCCCAAGUGGAGCAACUCUUGUAUAUUCAGGUGUCAUGGGUGGAUCUCACUAUACUCAUAACGGUGGUGGCUCAAACUAUCUCUGCAUGCCUCUUGAUCCAAUCUACGAUAAAGUAAAAGCGGGCAACCAAGGUUAUUCUUACAUUUAUGGUGUAGAAUACGAAAUGAAUGCACAUGCGUCUCUUUUUUCAACCAACCUUCAUGAUCACGAAGCUACGUGCGCUGUUUGUGAAGCUGAGAAUCGUGGCAGCCAGCUUAUGAUACCUGCACGUAACGUCUGUCCAUCUGGGUGGAAUCUUGAGUACAAAGGUUAUUUAAUGUCCGAUCACAUCAGUCAUAAACGAACACAAUUCAUUUGUGUUGAUUCUGAUGCUGAGGCUGUUCCAGGAACUCAGAAUAACUUGAACGGGGGGUUGUUGUAUGUCGUUGAGAGUCACUGCGGUUCUCUGCCAUGUUUGCCUUACGCACAAGGGAAGGAACUGACAUGCGCUGUGUGCACCAAGUAACCCUACAGUACUCGUUUACGCUGUAUUUCAAUUGUUUUUUUACAAUGUUGUUCACGAUGUAACUUGAAACAAUAAAGAAUCUGUUACA